UAAAAGAUCUGCGCCGCGGAACGCAAAGAAUGAUGGCGGUGGCUCAACCAAAGCUCGAGAAGGAAACCGAAGAUUGUUCUUUGUUGCCUUCAGUUCAUGAUAUUAUAAAAUGCAUGGACAAAGACAGCCAGGAUGUCCAUCAGGAGCUGGCAAAGCUGAAGGCAAAGAUCCAGGAGGCUCGGGAGCAGAUCUCCAACAUGCCGGGGAUUGACAGCAGUCCACAGGAGCAGCAGCAGCAGCUGACCACACUGAGAGAGCAGGUCCGCACCAAGAACCAGCUGCUGCAGAAAUACAAAAGCCUCUGCAUGUUUGAUGUGCCCAAAGCAUCAUGAGGCUGAAGACUGCUGCGAUGACCAAGGACUUCAUCAUUACCAAUACAAACACAGACACAAGAUGGACAUUAACUAAAAAGGGGCAGGUUUAUCUUUCAGCUGCAUUGAACUGAGAUGUUUUUGAACAUCUGGUAUUUUUUUUUUGUUGAUAUUUCAUAAGAGU